GAACUGGCUGGUGUGUGGAAGCAGGCGUGAUUAACAAACAUUCUUGGAGAGGGAGAGCGAUCACCGAGCAUAUAUUGCAUCUUUGAUUUCAGAUAACAAGAUGCCUGACGAUACAUCAAACAAUUCUAGGUUUUCUCGAAGUCAGAUUUUCACAAUGAUGUCAACUGCUUCCCUUAACUUCAGCUCCAUGAUCUGUUAUUCUAUACUGGGACCCUUCUUUCCCCAAGAGGCAGUGAAGAAAGGAGUUAGUAAUACGGUGAUUGGACUGAUUUUUGGGUGUUUCGCACUUUGCAAUUUCGUAACCUCAUUAGUCCUUGGGAAAUACCUUGUGCAAAUUGGAGCAAAGUUUAUGCUCGUAAGCGGGAUGUUUAUAUCAGGAUGUACAACAAUUCUUUUUGGUCUUUUAGAUGAAGUAGCUGAUGGAACACUAUUCACCGUUAUGUGCUUUUUGGUGAGAUCAGUGGAUGCUAUAGGGUUUGGUGCAGCAAUGACGGCGUCUUUUUCCAUUCUCGCAAAGGCCUUUCCUAACAAUAUUGCCACUGCUAUGGGAUCCCUUGAAAUUUUUACCGGCUUAGGUCUUGUUUUGGGUCCUCCCGUUGGUGGAAUUCUGUACCAAUCCUUUGGAUAUAAAAUUCCUUUUAUUGCACUUGGCUGUCUCAUUCUGCUGUUGGUACCGCUGAAUUAUAUUAUCUUACCAAGUUAUGAUUCUGUUCCAAGUGCAGACUCCUUCUUGAGCUUAUUUUUACUCCCGAAAAUUUGGUUAAUGUGCUUCACUAUAUUUUCAUUGAGUGCGUGUUUAGGGUUUUUGGAUCCAACUAUGUCAUUGUUUGUUAUAGAAAAAUUUAAUUUACAGGUUGGAUAUGUGGGGUUAGUAUUCCUAGGACUUGCCCUGUCCUAUUCCCUCAGCUCACCACUUCUUGGAAUGAUAAGCGACAGGUUACCUGGACUAAGAAAAUGGCUGCUUAUUCUAGGCUUGUUGGGAACUGCAGCUUGCUUUUUUAUGUUGGGUCCAGCUCCAAUAUUUCAUAUUGAAAGUAAACUUUGGCUGUUUUGUUUUGUACUGGUUCUAAAUGGAUUAUGUAUUGGACUUUCUGGUAUACCAGUCUAUCCAGAAAUGCUUUCCUGUGCCUACGAGAAUGGCUUUGAGGAUGGACUUAGCACUUUGGGCCUCAUCUCUGGACUGUUCAGUGCAAUGUGGUCUAUGGGGUCAUUUGUGGGCCCAACGCUUGGUGGAUUUCUAAAUGAAAAAUUUCUUUUUCCGAGCGCAGCUGCAUUUCAGGGAUUCUUCCCCUUGCUAUGUGGUGUAUUGGUUUCAAUAUUUUACAUCUGGGAAUUCCACAAAAAAAGAAGAUUCCUGCAACUAUCAAAAUGCUCUUUAUUCACCUUUUUAUCAGUGCAAUGUUUUGUGUAUAUGGCACUUAUGCACUGGAUAAAUUUACUGCAGCAGUAUAUGAGCAUGUUCCUUUCUUUCCAAACCAACUGCCUGUUACUGAAGAGGAAGCUUUGGCUUUGAUGAACAAAAACAUAGAUGUUUUGGAAAAAGCCGUGGUUUCAGCAGCACAAAAGGGAGCACACAUUGUUGUCACACCAGAAUAUGCAAUUUGUUGUUUCGGUCUCUCCAGAGAGACAGUAUAUCCAUAUCUCGAAGAUGUACCAGAUGUAGAGGCGAACUGGAUUCCAUGUUCCGACCCAGAA